AGGCAAUCCGAACUAGCCAAACAUUAUUUUGCGGGAAAGAAGAAGUCGAAAUGGCAGCGAGCGAGAGAGGGAGCGCUUUUGGACGGGGGAAAGGAAGAAUGGAGCAGAUAAGAAAGAGGGGUUGGAGCAGCAGGUUGGGUUUCCGUUCCCAAAACACAGUGUAUUCCAAACAUGGCAAAACUCCAUCGAUAUCCCUGCUAACCCUUCUCCAAGUUUCCGCUCUCAGAAUUCCUCGCACCCAUCUUCCCAAAAUCUAGCUAACGGAACCGGCGAGCGAAAAUCUCUCUCUCGCGCCUUCGCCCUCGCCCUCGCCCUCGUCACUCUCACAAGGGCAGGGUUCCAGUGUUUAAAGGAAGUUGGAUUAAAUGGGGAGCCCUCCAGGGAAUGGGAUCGCCAUUGCUGACCUUGGCUUCGUAGCAAGGAAGAAGAGGAGUUGUGGAACUCGUCGGCCUUGUUCUGAGCCGCAGAGAGCCCUAGGCACGUAUGGGUUCUUUCCACCGGCCACUUCCACUCAGAAUUUAGGUGCUGGUUAUGGCGAGGAGAGUUCGCGUUUGAGCCAAAAUACGGUUGGUGAGAAGAAUGUUUUGAAGAAGCUCAAGCUGAAAGUUGGUGGUGUUACUCGUACCAUACACACUAGCCAUGCAGCUGGACAUGACAAUGGCGUUGGUGGGUCUUAUGCAUCUAAGCAUACAGAAAAACAGCCUUUUCAGAAAUCUAACUUUGGAAAGCAGAAAGUCUUAAAAGGAAAGGAAUCCAAUGAGAAUGAGUGUGAACCGACUCGUAAGAGUAAACGAGUUCCUAAGCGACGUAAGCUAGAUCUCGGAUUUGACGAAGAUGCUGAUUUUAUGGACGAGGAGAUCCGUUAUCUAGGAAGGAUCAAUGCCACAAGGGUUUCUGCUGAUUGUGAAGACUACAAGAGUGUUGAAACCGGAGUAGGAAUUUUGGAAGUUACAGACAUCGGGGGAGGGAAGAGGUCUGAAAAGCUUGUGGAAGAUGAUGGCUAUAUGGAAGAAGGAGCAGAAGAACUGGUAUUGAAUGAUGAACCUGAACGUAAGAUGAACAAGUCAGGUUUUGCAGAAGGAAAAAAUGACAGAGUUCAUGUGGUGAAACAAGAUGUUUCAUUGAGAUCUGGUUCGGCAUUCGUUGAAUUCCCAGAUGGUUUGCCAGAUGCUCCAAAAAAAUCAAAGGCCAACUUCCCUGAUGUGGAGAAGCAGUUGAAGAAAGCUGAGGCUGCGCAGAAGCGUAAAUUGCACGCGGAGAAGCUUGCCAAGGAGGCUGAGGCUGAGGCUAUCAGGAAGAUUUUAGGCCAGGAUUCUGCAAGGAAGAAGAAGGAAGAAAAGAUGAAGAAACAGAGGGAUGACAUAGCUCAGGGAAAGGCUAGCAAAAGUGAUGAACUCGGAGCAAAUACAAUUAGAUGUGUUAUUGGUCCAGAAGGCACUACAGUCACUUUCUCUAAUGACGUGGGUUUGCCUCAGAUCCUUAGAUCAACCCCUCGCAGCUAUCCUCCUCCUAGAGAGAAAUGUGCAGGUCCGAAUUGCACGAAUGCUUACAAGUAUCGAGAUUCUAAGUCGAAGCUUCCCUUGUGUAGUCUUCAUUGUUACAAGGCAAUACAAGAGAAGGUGCAGCCUCUACCAACUUGUUGAUAUAAUAAUAAUAAUUUUAAUCUUAACAAGUUAGCUUAGUAUUAAGUUGGAUGAUUGAGAUGGAUAGAAGCAGGAGGUUGAAUGUAAAAUUAGUUAACCUGGUGUAGAGCUACCAGUCGAGCUCAGAGAUGGACGAGUUUUUGUGAUGGUGUGAGGACCAUGGAGUCCCAAAACCGAACUGGAGCUUGCACUCUAACCAAAGGAAGAAAUUAUUGGCAUUAGGCCGUAUGAUCUUUUCCUGACUAAGCAGGUCAAUUUUUUUGAUGGCUAUGAUUAUCUGCCAAGACUUUGUACUUGAACGAUGUAAAUUUGCCUUGAAUGACUUCCAUCUGAUCGAGCUAACUAAACUGCCUUCGCUGCUUUUGAUGAAGUUUCUAUAGAGAAAUUGGGACUCCUUUUGGUGUCUGGAUUUGCAGGUUUGCUGCCUUUUAAGGUGUUUUUUCCCCAAAACUUUCAAUACCUGUAUUAUAUUAUUUGUAUUAUCUGAGGUGGGUCCUCAAAUCUCAU